AUGAAUGAUCGAACAAUAAUAAAAAAUAGAAGAAAAUCACAAUUGUCAUCAGUGGAAAUUUCAGCUAAAGCCACGAACACGUUGUUUGUUCCUGUUGAAGGUAUAGACAAAAUAGACGUUGAGGAUGUUCCGACGCCGAUCCACACAAAACAUAUCAAUAUAUGUGCCACACCAGCACAUGAGAAUAAAUCACCAGAGGAACUUCGAUUUAAGUAUUAUUUAAAUCAUCUAAAACCUUCAUGGAUAACAGCUGCAAACUUCUCUCUGCCAUUAAAUAUGAAUUUUUCAUUUGGAGUUCUAACUGUACCCAAUACUCCGAUCAAUAGUUUUGCUUCUGAAAAUGAACAUUGUCCAUCGCAAUCAUUGACUACAUUGGCAAAUAAUUUUGCUCUCGCGGUACAAGGACUGAACGAUUGUGUCAACGGCAUGAAUGUAAAUAAAAGUUCAACUGUCGCAGCAUCAAUCAUUUCGCCGUUCACUAUUCGGAGCUGCACAGAUUGCAGUAAGCUACCCCAAAUGCAAUGUCUACAUUGUUCCAAACAAGUUUGCAUGGAAUGUGCACAAAAACACGUGAAAUUGGUUGAUGAACAGAUCCAAAUUGCCGAGGAAUUUGUUACUAACAAGCUCAGUAUACUCGAUCGAUUGGUUAUUAUAGCAAGAGAACGUGUCAAUGCUGAGCGGGAGAAAAUUAUCGAGCAAGCAAAUGUGGAACGUGAUCAAGCAUAUAUGCAGAUCAAUGAACUGUAUCAUCAACAGAUGAAACAUAUGCAAGAUUCGGGUUUCCAACUUCGACAAUUAUCACUGGAUAAAGUGUUGCCUUAUAUUCAACGCAUGAAAAACAAUAUGGNCAGUAUACUCGAUCGAUUGGUUAUUAUAGCAAGAGAACGUGUCAAUGCUGAGCGGGAGAAAAUUAUCGAGCAAGCAAAUGUGGAACGUGAUCAAGCAUAUAUGCAGAUCAAUGAACUGUAUCAUCAACAGAUGAAACAUAUGCAAGAUUCGGGUUUCCAACUUCGACAAUUAUCACUGGACAAAGUGUUGCCUUAUAUUCAACGCAUGAAAAACAAUAUGGAGGCUUUAAACGAAGACAAUCAACAAUUGUUUCAUGUUGCGUGUACUGCACCGAGAAUUCAAGUAAAGCAUAAACGUUGA